AUGAUCCCUGAGCGAGAAGUAGAGUCAUCAACGGCGCAAGCAAGACAUCAUGGAGGAGGAGGAGGAGGAGAGAACCAUCCGUUUACUUCACUGGGAAGACAAUCCUCAAUCUACUCAUUGACACUCGACGAGUUCCAACACGCUCUCUGCGAGAACGGCAAGAACUUCGGGUCCAUGAACAUGGACGAGUUUCUCGUCUCUAUUUGGAACGCAGAGGAGAAUAACAACAACCAGCAAGCGGCAAACGCAGCUUCACAUUCUGUUCCUCCUAAUCACAAUGGUUUCAACAACAACAACAACGGUGGAGGUGAGAGUGGUGUUGGUGGCUUUGGUGGUGGCUCUUCAGGUAACCAAGGGGCUAAUAAUAAGAGAUCUGGAGGGUUAGUGAAGCAGCCGAGUCUUCCUCGUCAAGGCUCGUUGACACUUCCAGCUCCGCUUUGUAGGAAGACCGUUGAUGAGGUAUGGUCUGAGAUACAUAGAGGUGGUGGUACUGGUGGUUGUGGAGACAGCAAUGGACGUAGUAGUAGUAGUAAUGGUCAGAACAAUGCUCACAACGGUGGUGGUGAGACUGCGGCUAGACAACCCACUUUUGGGGAGAUGACACUUGAGGAUUUCUUGGUGAAGGCUGGUGUGGUUAGAGAACAUCCUACUAACCCUAACCCUAAACCUAAUCCAGUUCCGAAUCCAAAUCCAAACCAAAACCCGUCUAGUGUUAUACCGCAGCAGCAGCAGCUCUAUAAUGUGUUUCAAGGAACUGGUGAUCCUACUUUCCCUGGUCAAGGCAUGGGUGUUGGUGACCCUACGGGUUAUGGUAAAAGAACAGGAGGAGGGUACCAGCAGGCGCCACCGGCUCAGCCAGGUGUUUGUUAUGGUGGUGGUGGUGGGUUUGGAGCUGGUGGACAGCAAAUGGGGAUGGUGGGGCCGUUAAGCCCGGUGUCGUCAGACGGGUUAGGACAUGGGCAAGUGGAUAACAUAGGAGGUCAGUAUGGAGUGGACAUGGGAGGGUUAAGGGGAAGGAAGAGAGUAGUGGAUGGUCCGGUGGAGAAAGUAGUUGAGAGAAGGCAGAGGAGGAUGAUCAAGAACAGGGAGUCUGCUGCGAGGUCUAGAGCAAGAAAGCAGGCAUAUACGGUGGAAUUGGAAGCAGAGCUGAACCAGUUGAAAGAAGAGAACGCACAGCUUAAACAUGCAUUGGGAGAGUUAGAGAGGAAAAGGAAGCAACAGUAUUUUGAGAGUUUGAAGACGAGAGCACAACCGAAGUUGCCAAAAGCGUGCGGGAGAUUGCGGACAUUGAUGAGGAACCCGAGUUGUCCGCUAUGA